GCUGAGUUGAUUAAAAUUCUGGUUCGCCUCCCGGAUAAAGGAAAUUUCAUGGCUUGGGAUGACAGGCUGGCGGAUCAAGGCAGUCCCACAUUCAAACAGACUGCCCAAUAUGUCUGUACAUUUACCGAUCCUGUAUUCGAAACUCAAAGACAAGAUUCUUGUUUCUGCAGAAUCAUUUCGUGUGUGCCCUUUUACGUGUUCCUGGGAAGAAAACGCGUGUUGGCCGCACGUGCAGGCGAAUAUUUACAAGAGUUCGAGAAAAUCAUCCUGCUUGGUGUAAUGCAGACUGUUACAUGUGCCAUCGCUUCACAUUUCGUGGAGUCCGAUCACACAGUGAGUGUAAAGCUUAGCAACCUCCCUACUGUGUUCGGGAUCCCCGAGUUAGGCCGAUUGGAAACCUCAUAA